AUGUCAGACAAACCGACAACUUCGAGUUACACAAAGACCGGUCAAGGACUCGUGUCUGCGUUGUCGGAACGCUUUAAAAUGCGCAGUGCCUCGGAAUCGCGUAUGGGCAACGCACCAUCGUCAGCAGUGGCAUCAUCAUCUCGCGAUACCAGCCAAAAACAACAACAACAACAACAAGCAUCUACUUCUAAACUGCCGCCUGCUGCAGCACCUGCUGUCGGCGCAAAGCAAUUUAAAAAAUGCAAAAGUGCUACAUUCCAGAUAGAUGGACAUUACUACACAAUAGUUGCCAGUUCACCCGAUGGCAGUGGUUUUAUAAAAGACGAUAAUCCGUUUAGUAGUAAUCGCAAUAAUCUCAAUCAGAGUGGACCGCAUAACGCAAUAAGUGGCAGUAGUACAGGAAAUAGUGCCGACAGUAAUAGUUUUGUCAGACACGGUCCACGAAACGGACAAGUAUCACAACAAGGCUCGUUAACGAUCGUACGAAGAUCCAGCGGAAAAAAAUCACAUAUCCAGCAGCAGCAGCAACUCGACGACUACCAGCAUCAGUCAUCGUCGGAGGACUCGUCGUCGCUAUAUCAGGAUUCGCAACAAGUAGAUAGUGAUAGUGAACAAUUUGUAAAUUAUUUUAGUGAUUCUAGGUACGUUGAGGGUGAUUCGGAGCAAAUUUCGCUCAGUAGAACAAUCUCUACUAGAAUGCAAUCCCGAACAAUUCUCACAAAUGAGGAACUAGAUAGCGUAGAUUUGGCCACAGACAACUUACCAGCCGUCGAUACACCAGAUGCAUGCGAUAAAGCUGCCAUAAGACUACGAUGUCUUUUGCGGCAGUUGCAACGUGGAGAGAUAUCUGCAGAAAUCCUGCAGAAAAAUCUCCAUUAUGCGGCACGUGUUCUCGAAGCCGUAUUUAUUGACGAAACAAAUCCUGAUGGCGGUGGAAGUGGACCGAAUAAGGGAAACAGCAACGAAUCCGAUGAUCCAAGGCCACCUUUUAUGCGGCAACAGACGACAGGGGGCUCUGUUAAGGGUCCUCCCCCGCGACAAAAUACAAUCACGAGACGACGUCUACGUGCACCAGUUUGGGCUUCCAGAACUGCAAAACGCUUAGCUGAUGAAGAUGACGAGCUUUCUGAAGUGCAACCAGAUGCCGUGCCGCCCGAAGUGCGUGAAUGGUUGGCAUCGACUUUCACGCGACAACUUGCCACGACGAAAAAACGUUCGGAUGAGAAGCCCAAAUUCCGUUCCGUGGCGCAUGCAAUACGAGCGGGUAUUUUUGUGGACCGAAUAUAUCGACGUGUCUCGAGUACGACGUUGAUGCAAUUCCCUCCAGAAGUUGUGACUGUGUUAAAGCAUUUGGAUGAUUGGUCAUUUAAUGUGUUCGCGCUAAUUGACUCGUCUCCCCUGAAAUACGUGGGCUACGAUUUGCUGAAUCGCUACGGGAUCAUACACAAGUUCAAAGUGCCUCCUGCCACGUUGGAGGCGUUUCUGGCGCGCAUCGAGGAGGGCUAUUGCCGCUACAAGAAUCCAUAUCACAAUAAUUUGCAUGCCGCCGACGUCACGCAAACGACGCACAGCAUUCUGUGUCAAACGGGUCUCAUGCACUGGCUCACAGACUUGGAAAUUUUCGCGACACUUCUCGCCGCGAUCAUCCACGAUUACGAACACACGGGCACGACAAACAAUUUCCACGUGAUGUCGGGCUCCGACACGGCGCUGCUGUACAACGAUCGUGCCGUUUUGGAAAAUCAUCACAUUUCCGCCGGAUUUCGCGUGAUGAAGGAAGACGAUUGCAACAUUUUGCAACAUUUGUCGCGCGAAGAGUACCGCGAGUUACGAACACUGAUAAUCGAGAUGGUGCUCGCCACCGACAUGUCCUUUCACUUUCAGCAACUCAAGACGAUGCGAAAUCAACUUACGCUGCCAGACCCGAAUAUAGAAAAACCGAAGGCACUCGCCCUCGUGCUGCAUUGUUGUGAUAUUUCGCAUCCGGCAAAAACGUGGAAUUUGCAUCAUCGAUGGACCAUGUUGCUGCUCGAGGAGUUUUUCAGGCAGGGCGAUUUGGAACGCGAACUCGGAUUGCCUUUUAGUCCGUUGUGUGAUAGAAACAAUACGCUGGUUGCCGAAUCGCAAAUCGGGUUCAUUGAGUUCAUUGUGGAUCCCUCGAUGACUGUCAUGUCGGAUAUGCUGGAAGUCAGUUUGGCGCCCAUUGCACCCCUUACCGUAAAUAAGACAAAUAACGAAUCUAGUCCAAAGAAAAUUCAUGAAGCAAUAAGUGAGGAUGGCGAACCGUCGAAAAAUGGCGAGGAAAAGUCGUCGCGAUUCCGCAUCAAGAAGCCAUGGGUCACGUGUUUGGCGGAGAAUAAAGCUGUGUGGAAGGAACAAGCAGCAAGAGAUGCUGAAGCACGUGCCGCCGCCGAAGCUGAACGAGCACGCAAAGAAGCCGAAGAAGCUGCCGCCGCCGAGAAACAAGAAAAUCCUACGGAAUAGUAGUGACCAAGGCCAUAAGUAAAAAAAAAUUGUUUUAUAAAUAAUUAAUAAUGAUAAAAAAAAUUCGAUUCGAUCAUCGAAAUUGCUCCAAUCCGGCACCAAAAAUGAAAGAAAAAAAAAUCAG